CCAUCAUUAGCUAUUCCCAGGCUGCAACUGUCAAAGAACUCUCCAUUCCUUUCCACCUGACGUUGUUCCCGAAGCCCUCCAGUACAGUUGUGGCGUUGAAACUCAAAACUCUGAUGGCCGUCACAAAUAGCCAUAAUGUCGAGCUCAGUCACCAAGUCCGCCUGUGGGCAAGGAUGUAAAGCGAGCCGCUGGGAAUGCAGCCGCUUCGAUGACCUGCGUUUCGAGACGUUUGGUUGGUGGUCAACAUUGCCGAAUUGCUCCAGCGCCUUUAUCCAUGAUCUGCCGGGCAGUUCUUUAUCAUAAAGUGCCACUUGGGUACAUACAUAAAAAGGUCUGGGUGGGGCGUUCAAAGCACUUGAUAUCCAGUCAAAUGAUGUGACUGCUUAACGGACUGGAGCUAGCUUACAACCAUGCAUACACCUAAGGGCUUCGGGUCUCUUUCUGGUCACAGCUACCUUGUGAGCGAUGCCAGGCGCGCCUCCUGAAGCUGCAUCACUACCUGUGAAACAUGGUAAUGUCCAGAGCUUACUCGAGGCUUUCAAUAUAUAAAGGUGCACGAAGCAUAAUUUUUGCUGAUGUUAGUGAUUGUACUGGGAUGCUCAACUGCCAAAACAAAAGCGAGGUCUACCCGACUGCCAAGCCAUUGUCUGCUUUCAAUUGUGUUUUCCUUUAUGCCAUUCACGCGCAAAAGUUCUUCCGCUCUCACUCACAACACGCUCAUUGUCAAUAGGUAGACUAGUUCGCUCCCUGCACAAUAAUAGUCUUCUUGUUACUGUACAUACAAAGAAUCAUCGAGAUCUACAUAUACUGGCCUGGGCCACUUCCUCUCCCUCCUCUUCUUGGAACCAUUACUUUCGUUCCAAAAAAAACGCCAUUUCGAAAAACACAAAAAAAUUCUCUUCCACAACACACAUUCAACAACUAUUCAGCGGGUCUGAAUACCACCACUCUUUGCAAAAUGAUCCCAACUACCUUCUUCACCGCGCUAGUCGCACUUGUAGCCACAACCCAAGCACAUAUGGAAAUGAAAUGGCCACCCGCCCUCUCCGGUCGAUAUAACGGCUUCACCAUUAAGCAAGACAAUAAUAACCACGCACCUCUCAGCCCCGAUGGUAGCAACUUUCCCUGCCGGGGCCACCUUUCUGAUCUGGGAACUCCAGCCGGCAAGAGCGUCGUCACCUGGAAUGCCGGAUCGGAGUACAGUUUCACUAUUGUCGGUGCGAUUGAGGCUCCAAACGCGCCUGCAUUCCAUAAUGGCGGAUCCUGUCAAGCAGCUCUUAGCUAUGACAGCGGAAAGACAUGGAAGGUUAUUCACUCCUACCAAGGUGCAUGCCCGACUUCCACCGGGGGACAAUUCAAAUUCAACGUCCCUUCCGAUGCAAAAGAUGGCGCUGCGGUCUUUGGCUGGCUUUGGUGGAACCACACAGGCAACCGUGAGAUGUAUAUGAAUUGCGCCAGUGUGACAAUCGCAUCUGGAAGUGGACCUGCGCCAGCAAUCCCCUUCGAAAAACGCCCUGACAUCUUCAGAGCCAACAUCGGUAACGGCUGUACCACGGCAGACGAGACCGACGUCUUCUUCCCCAACCCAGGCCCAGAUGUCACAACAGUCGGAACCAAAAAGGGAAAUACGUUCAGUGGCGAAUGCAGUUCUGAGGCCCCAGCAGGACCAGUGGAUGCAGCAGGUUCUGCAGACCCAGCAAGCUCAUCCGGCGCUCCACCAUCUUCAGUUCAAAGCCCGGCUCCAACUGCGGCUCCAGCAAAGGGCGCUGGUGCAGACUCUGCAGCAGACGGCGGAAUCUUUACCACCACCGUGACGAUCGCUGUUGUUGCCUCCUCUUUAGAUCCCACUAGCGGUCCCUCCAACCUUCCUUCCAGCUCUGCUUUUAGUGCCUCUUCCAAGUUACCCUCCACAGUGCCUUCCAGCAUCCCUUCCGGCAUGCCGUCAGGAAACCCUUCCAGCUCCGCUUUCACAGUCAGCACCAAUGGUGAGUGUGGAGGAACGACAACUUGCUUGGGCUCUGUCUUUGGAGAUUGCUGCUCGAAAUGGGGAUGGUGCGGCUCAACGGCGGACUAUUGUGGUGCUGGUUGCACUUCUGAUUUUGGAAAAUGCGAGGCUGUUGCUGGCCGAUCUGCUGCUAUCCGUGGUCGUCACGUCCGGCUCUGAAAAGCAUAGGAAGCAAUGAUAGCUGGAGAAGAAGGAUAUCUCUAUACAUAAGUGUGGAAGAUGGUAGAUCGUGAUGACGAUACCUGGCAUUUUGUACAUAUCUGACUACCUGCGAGACUUUGGAGUUACAGCACCGCAAGGUUCACAUGAAAAUAGAACGCUCUUUUACAGUA